ACAAUUCACGAGCCCAAUCUGUUUUGUUUUUGUUUUUUAUUAAAAAAAAGGGGAAAAAUGGCUGUUACUCUCCAUACUGAUCUUGGUGACAUAAAACUCGAGCUUUUCUGUGAAGCAUGUCCAAAAUCAUGUGAGAAUUUCCUAGCCCUGUGUGCAAGCGAUUAUUACAACGGGUGCAUUUUCCACAGAAACAUAAAGGGUUUCAUCGUGCAGACUGGUGACCCAACGCAUACCGGCAAGGGUGGCAGUUCGAUUUGGGGCAAAAAGUUCAAAGACGAAUUCAAAGAGAAUUUGAAGCAUAAUGUACGGGGUAUUUUGUCAAUGGCUAAUAAUGGUCCUAAUACGAACGGCAGCCAGUUUUUUUUUACUUAUGGUGCCCAGCCUCAUUUGGAUUUAAAAUAUACAGUUUUUGGAAGAGUAAUUGAUGGGUUUGAAGUUUUAGAUGAACUAGAAAAACUUCCAGUUAACGCAAAAACUUAUAAGCCGUUAAAUGAUAAAAAAAUCAACAGUGUAACAAUCCACGCUAAUCCAAUUGCAGGAUAGCAAACAUUUUUUAUAAGCUUGUGAAAAUUGUAAAUAAAUUGUUUUGUAUAUACAAAAAAA